AAAAUUUCAAAUCGCGGGGUUGUGCAGCGGACGAUUUUCAAUCGGAACGGUUCAACUUUGGAGCGGAGCGCGGAGUUUCGCAUUUUUUGUGUUUGUUAGCGGAAAAUCGGAUGAAAAACUCCAAAUGUUUAUCAAAUGAGCGGCGACAAUUACGCGACCAAUUGACGAGAUCGUGUGUGUUUUUCCCAAUUAAACGGUGAGUGUGCGAUAGAGAUGUAAAAUGUAUGAAGUCAAAUUAAAGUGCGGCAAAAAAAUAAAGUCUAAAGGUGAAAAAGUCAUUAAUAAAAAAGAAAGCAAAAUAGAAUUGCUGUGUGGAAUACAAAAGGAAAAUACACAUAUAUAAGUAUAUAUAUAUAUAUAAAUAUAUAAAAGGAGACGACGCGCAGCGAAAAAGGAAUUUUUUGUGUACUACGGCGGCGCUUUAUUGUUGUUGCUGUUGGCGUCGUGCAUUUGCUUUUGUUGUGUGUGUUUGUUUGUAUGUUGUUGCUUUUGCCAUUGCCUUUGCUCUCUGUGUUUUUGUGAUUGAAAAACUAAGAAGCGAAAGCUGCAAAACUAAGGAUAGAAAAAUAAAACAGAAAGAAACGAAACAAAGUAAGAAAAUUGCCCAUUUUCGUUUUUUCCUUCCGGAGAGAAAAGUGAAAAGUUUAAUUUACUAAACAAAGCGGCAAAUCUGUCUGCCUGUGUGCGUGGGUGGCUGUGACUCUGUAGGAGUGUGUCUGUUUGUGUGUGAGUGCGGGUGCGUGUGUCUCUCUAGUUUUUGCAAUUCCCACUGCACACGCUCUUUCGUGUUGGAUUAUUGGAUUAUACCGCCAAUAACGGCACACGCACAGCAACAACAGCAAUACAGCAAUAAUAAAAACAACAAAAAGCGAUAAAGGAGAGCAGACGACGCUGGGAUUAAUCAUUAAUGUCCUGAGAGAUAAAGAACGGGAAUCUAGAAGUAAAGAAGAAGAAGUUGCAGGCGAAGGAGCAGCGGGCGAAGGCAGCAGCAGACGAAAAAGAAGAAGACAGCUAAAGUUCCAAAGCUGAAAAGAUUGUCAAAGGACCGAAACUAAGAAAUACAAGUCCGUUUCGCUUCUGCUGCCGGAGUCCUUCGUCGUCCUGUCGUGCGUCCCUUGCUCUGCUAAUUGCCUUGUGUGUGCCGAGCUCCUGGCUUCUCCUCGCUAAGCAGGCCAGAGAUCCUUUCCACACUCCAGGCUCAAGAGCAUCGUCCAGAAUUAGCGCCAUCGGAGGUAGGGAGCCAAGUAGCAACCAAUGGAACAUGUUGAUGCCGGUGCGGGAGUACAACAAGCACAUAGCCAAAAUACCAAAUUGCAAGAUGAGGCAGCGGCCAACGCUUAGAGCCACCUUUGCAUCCCUGCUGCUCCUUCUACUCCACUUAGUCCAGGCACUGGAACCGGCGGCAGCAGCAGCGGCGCCUGCCAGUGGUGCAGCCGGAAGUGGUGGUGCAGCGAGCGGUGCUGCAGGUUCUACAUCCAGUGGCAAUGCAGGUGGAGGUGGCAGUCUGAGCAGUGGACCACCCACUCUCAUUGCCAAUCUCACGGAACAAGGCAGUCCCGGUGUGUAUAAUUCGACAAUGGGUUAAUGCUAAUUACCCGACUCUCUCUCUCUCUAUAUAUAUAUGGCAUUUAUGUGGCUAUUUAGCUGACCUUUCUGCCCUUUUACCCUCAACUCAAAAUACGCUGCCAUUUGGGGAUUUGUUAGGAUGUUUAUGCGCGGUUCUGUUUGAGAAAAUCUGUUAGAUUGAAUGUUAAAGGUAUAAACUAAUGAUGGUGUUAGUAAGAAGAAUAGAUUUAUUAGUGUGGCCAUCCUUUUUAAAAUCAUCUAAGUGGCAUCUCUUCUUCAUUUAUCUUCAAUAUUAGGUCAGCUUAUAAAACCUAAAAUCUAUAAAAAUAUCAAACUAUGCUAAAAUGAUUAAUUUCCAUUAAAAUUAAAGAUAUUAUAACCUUAAAAUCGUUAACCAAACCCUUUUAAUAAACAAUCUGGCAUCCCUUCAAGUAGAUUUCCCUUCCUUUGGCCACACUAAUUAUUAUUAAAUUUCAGCUCAAGUCAAGAUUUCGUGAAAUCCUUACCAUAAACAUAGCUAAAAUUUCGCUUGCGAGUGUGCUAAUGUUUGUGUGUAUUUCCUUGUGCGCAUUUCCGGUUUCCGCUUCCGCUUGGCAAGCGGCAAGGAGGGUGGCAAAAACUAUUAGCCACUUGGCGCUAAAUAACACCACCCCAUAACCCCCACUCGUCCCGUCCCUGCCACUGAAGCAAAACACUAAGCAUCAAUUAACCCAAUUUUCAGAAUCCAUUUUCACCUGCAGUUACGGCUUCAGCUCACAGCUCACAGCUCCGGAGCUUUGGCUUUUUCUGAGUAUUUUUCUAGCUGCGUGUUUCUCAGCCCCAUGCUUACAUAUACAUGGGCUUGCCUUUUCUGUUUUAGUUCUUUUUCUAACAGAGUUUUUCCUUUUGGCCAGCAAAUACCCAAGUGGCAGUGUUGAAACCAACGUCCAACGUCCCAACUCCCAAUUCCCCAGACCCACCUAAUCCUAUAGGUUUAAUGCCGGGCACUCUUGUCCAGACUUUUCCGUGUUCCGUGCCGUUUCAUCUUUUCUUUCGCAGGCGUUUGGCGCUAUUGUUGUAGUUUGGUUUGGUUUGGUCACUGGACUUGGAUCUGGAAAUGGAAAUGGAAAUGGAGUGGAAGCCUGAAAUCAUAAUUAAUCCAUUGAUUUUUCAGAUUCUUUUUUUGUUUUCAGCUUAAAUAAUUCACACAAAUCAUUUCAGCAAUAAAUAUGAAUUCUUUCGCAGCAUUUAACAAUGAAUAUUUCAGCAAACAAAAGUUCUUCCUUCCCCCCAGUCUAGGUUUCUCUUUCUUUUUUAUUGUGUUAAAAAACAUGGGAUCCAAUUACAAAUUGAUGAGCAGGUAAUGAACGUAGCAAAAACAUUAAAAAAAAAAGUGGAAAGUAUAUAUAUUGAAUAUUUUAAUUUGGAAAUGUCACAGUUGCAAACUUUGAUUUCCCAAUGUAAAGUCAUAAAUAAUUCAUUUUAACACAUUCAACAUUUAUGAAUAAUUCCGUUGGGUUCUUUUUAUGUUCUAGCUGUCGCUAUUAAUCAAAUUAUACGUUUACUAUAUGCAUUUUUAAAUUGUUUCUUUAUGUCGUUAGGUCGCUUAUGCAGCCGCCUGGAAAUUUGGUCUGACAGACUGUCAUAAAGUGCAGAAUGCGGGUGGCUCUUGAUUGAUUCUCGUGGCCAAAAGUCCACCUGGAACGCAGCCAGAUGUCGGGGAUAAUAAAUUUCUGAAGAUGUGACAACACUUGGGAUGCAUUUUAUAUGGCUGGAAGACUGCAGCUAAACGACCUGGAUGUUGCCUGACCAAUUGGGAAAUUAAUUAUGAAUUAACCUAAGGAAGUUGAAUGCCAACUCAACUUUGAGCUGAAACAAACCUAAAAUAAAGAUGUACUUUAAUGUUAUCUUUAAAAGUAUAAAAUCUGAAUCUAAAACUAAAAUCACAACAUCAAUAUCUCCUUUAUACCUAAAAAAUUAUUGUAGCUUCUUCUUAAGAACCCCUAAGAACUCUGUUAACUAACUUUAAGAUCUGGAAAUAAAAAACUAAUUUAUAUAAACUA